UCUCUAACUUCCUAGUAUCAAAUUAAAAUUAGGGUUUAUCUUUCUCAAUUUCCACUCUCAUUUUGGUUGGUUCAUUUUUUUUUUUACUUUUUUAUAUUUGAUUGAGUCUAAUUAACCCAAUGUUUUUAGCUGAGGAAGCUGUUCAAUUCCCAUUACCGGUUCCCGAAACCGGUUUUUCACCCGAAGAACUCCGAGAAUUAUUAUCAUUUUUCGAAUCCGAAGAACCGAUCAGUUUAAACUCCGGUUCGGAAAGUUCGAGUCGGGUGGUAUAUUCACCGGACGAAAGAAAGCAAAGGCGCAAGAUAUCGAAUCGAGAGUCAGCCAGGCGGUCCCGUUUGAGAAAAAAGAGGCAUUUGGAGAACCUCACGGACCAAGUGAACCGGUUGAACGUAGAGAACCGGCAGCUUAAGAACCGACUAAGUUUAGUUAUUAAUCAGUACCACGUUGUAUGGGUAGAAAAUGAAGUGUUAAGAUCCGAAUCCGAAGCUCUUUGGGCAAAACUCAUGGAUCUAUACUGGACGUCACCUGCCAUGCAAUGCAGUCACGAUAACAGCCAACAUUCUCAUCAACUUUUAACUUCAACUAAAUCAACGAAUUAAGCUCUU